GGGGAGAGUGAUGGGGAGGCGGGGGAGGGACAGGUAGAGGGAGGUUUGGAGGACAUCCCAGAGGAGAUGGAGGUGGACUACAGCGGAGCUGAGAGUGUCUCGUCCAUCGCUAAACUACGCAACAGCAAACAGGUCAGGGUAGUGUGUGUGGAGCUGUGUACAGUCAAUAUACUACAACAGGGUUUCCCAAACUGGGUCCUGGGUGCAUGUUUUAGUUUUGCCCUAGCACUGCACGGCUGAUUGAAAUAACCAACUCAUCAAGCUUUGAUUAUUUGAAUCAGCUGUGUAGUGUUAGGGCAAAAACCAAAACAUGCACCCAAGGGGGCCUGGACUGAGUUUGGGAAACCCUGUUCUAGAACAAAUAAGCUAUUUCCCAAGGUUUGUUUUGAAAACCCACAAUUUAUUCGUUUACAGUUCUCAGAGAUCAUGGACAAAAUUGCAAUCUAUGUUGAGAAGCAGCGCAAGAACUCUGAAGGUGAUUAUUUACUGUUUUAUGUAUUUGUUGUCACAUACACCGAAUAGGCUUGUUUUACAGGGUCAGCCAUAGUAGUACGGUGCCCCUGGAGCAAAUUAGGAUUAAGUGCCUUGCUCAAGGGCACAUCGUGUGAUUUUUCACCUAGUCUGCUCGGGCAGCUCUAUAAUUGGCUGUUUGGAUGUCUCGUUCUGGGGUUUAUGUUCCACUCUGAAUACAAUGGAUUCUGAUUCUACUUGAAUGGUUUCUGAUCCUCCAUCUUGUGGUUUUACUGACUCUCCUCCCUUUCUCUUCAGUCUCCGGUCCAGUUGAGGCAGACCCAGAAUACAGGCUGAUCGUUUCUGCCAAUAACCUCACAGUAGAAAUUGAGAACGAACUGAGUGAGUCCACUAUGUCCAUAAGUGAUUGUGUGUCAAUAUGCCGCUGUAAUUUGCUUGUUGCAUUAUGUCUAAUGUUGUAAUCUUUGUUUGUCUUUGCGUCAGACAUCAUUCACAAGUUUGUCCGUGACAAGUAUUCCAAGAGGUUCCCUGAGCUGGAGUCUCUGGUGCCCAACUCUCUGGACUACGUCCGUACUGUCAAGGUGAGCUUAUGUUUGAGGAUAAUUCACCUCCAAAUCAAAAUGUGUCUACAUUAUUUAAACUCUGUCAAAUAUUAAUUUCCCUCUGUUCCCUGCUGUUGAGCUGAACACCAUGUUUGUGUGUGUAGGAGCUGGGGAACAACCUGGACAAGUGUAAGAACAACGAGAAUCUGCAGCAGAUCCUGACCAACGCCACCAUCAUGGUGGUCAGCGUCACAGCCUCCACCACACAGGGGUAAGAGCAGGGACACAUCACAGCCUCCACCACACAGGGGUAAGAGCAGGGACACAUCACAGCCUCCACCACACAGGGGUAAGAGCAGGGACACAUCACAGCCUCCACCACACAGGGGUAAGAGCAGGGACACAUCACAGCCUCCACCACACAGGGGUAAGAGCAGGGACACAUCACAGCCUCCACCACACAGGGGUAAGAGCAGGGACACAUCACAGCCUCCACCACACAGGGGUAAGAGCAGGGACACAUCAGAGCCUCCACCACACAGGGGUAAGAGCAGGGACACAUCAAGCCUCCACCACACAGGGGUAAUAGCAGGGACACAUCACAGCCUCCACCACACAGGGGUAAGAGCAGGGACACAUCACAGCCUCCACCACACAGGGGUAAGAGCAGGGACACAUCACAGCCUCCACCACACAGGGGUAAGAGCAGGGACACAUCACAGCCUCCACCACACAGGGGUAAGAGCAGGGACACAUCACAGCCUCCACCACACAGGGGUAAGAGCAGGGACACAUCACAGCCUCCACCACACAGGGGUAAGAGCAGGGACACAUCACAGCCUCCACCACACAGGGGUAAGAGCAGGGACACAUCAGAGCCUCCACCACACAGGGGUAAGAGCAGGGACACAUCACAGCCUCCACCACACAGGGGUAAGAGCAGGGACACAUCACAGCCUCCACCACACAGGGGUAAGAGCAGGGACACCUGGGGUUGAUUCAGUUGGACAGGUCCACCGAUGGGACCGAGUACCUAUUCGGUGGAGUACACAUUUACAUAAUGUUCAGAUAGAAAUAUGAUAAAUAGACCUUACAUUAUAUACACAACAGGGAACCUUAACAUCCAUUUGGUUGCAGACCACCUUUCCAUAUAUUGUUUCUAUCUCAAUGAUGUUGAAAUAUCAACAUGACUUAUUUCCAGGACGAUGCUGGGUGAGGAUGAACUGAAGAGGUUGGAAGAGGCCUGUGACAUGGCGCUAGAGCUGAACCAAUCAAAACACAGGAUCUAUGAGUAUGUGGAGUCCAGGAUGUCAUUCAUCGCUCCUAAUCUGUCAGUCAUCGUUGGAGCCUCGACCGCAGCCAAGAUCAUGGGUCAGUGAUUAUGAUGAUUUGUUUUUGUAUAUAAUUUACAGGAUUCUCACGUUCUCACAUAAUGAUAAUCUCGUAUUCUUCCUCCCUGUGGUGGUAGGUAUUGCUGGGGGCCUGACCAACCUGUCUAAGAUGCCAGCCUGUAACCUGAUGCUACUGGGAGCCCAGAAGAGGACCCUGUCAGGGUUCAGCAGCACCGCUCUGUUCCCACACACCGGCUACAUCUACCACUGUGAUGUGGUCCAGACUCUACCCCCGGUCAGUGUACCACACUUGGAGCUGUGUUCCCAAGAGCUUUGUUUGACUGUGGCUUUACCUAAGCUAACAAGAGUUAUCUCUGUGUUGUUAUAGGACCUGAGGAGAAAGGCAGCACGUCUGGUUUCAGCUAAGUGCACCCUGGCAUCCCGAGUAGACAGCUUCCACGAGAGUGCAGACGGCAAGGUGAGGGCUGGAAGAGGGAAGAAAAAAUGGAUAUAUAAACGUCUGUUAUAUAUUAACUCUGGUCUUUUUUUCUCUCUCUGCAGGUGGGCUAUGACCUGAAAGAGGAGAUUGAGAAGAAGUUUGAUAAAUGGCAGGAGCCUCCACCAGUGAAGACUGUCAAACCCCUGCCAGCACCGUUGGACGGACAGAGGAAGAAGAGAGGAGGACGGAGGUAUUUACUUUAGGGAUGUGUAGAUAACUGUGGUCCUGAGUUGUAAUUUUUUUCUAAGUGCAAUGUUAAACAGUAUUGGUGGUCUCAUCUCUUGUCUGUCCUUGUCCAGGUAUCGUAAAAUGAAGGAGCGUCUGGGUCUGACAGAGAUCAGGAAACACGCCAACAGGAUGACUUUCGCAGAGGUCAGAGCAUCUAAUCUAUCUUUCAGGACAGCUGUUUACUAUAUUUUACUAUGUUUAAUUACAAAUAAUAUGUAUUGGUCUUUUUAACCAACCACCCCCUCUUCGUCUCUGUUUCUCUCAGAUUGAGGAUGAUGCGUACCAGGAGGAUCUGGGUUUCAGUCUGGGCCAGCUGGGGAAGUCGGGCAGCGGCCGCAUCAGACAGGCUCAGGUCAACGAGGCCACCAAGGCCAGGAUAUCAAAGUCCCUACAGAGGAAGCUGCAGAAGCAGAACAUGACGUACGGAGGCAGGUCCACAGUUGGCGGCAGGUCCACAGUUGGCAGCAGGUCCACAGUCGGCGCGAGGUCCACAGUCGGCGGGAGGUCCUCGGUUAGAGACAACUCCUCAGGAACCAGCUCCAGCGUAGCCUUCACUCCACUACAGGUAGGCCUAAUUGGUUUUGUUUUCACAUGAAAAAAGCUACAGGUAUUUGGUUUUAUUAUUUCAACAAACAAAGCACUUAAUCACCAGUAACGUGAGCAUUGACCAGCAGGCGUGGCCUCCUCGUUUCUGUUUGUGGUGGAAUUGUACUGUAAUUCAACUCUGUUCCUCAGGGGCUGGAGAUCGUGAACCCGCAUGCAGCAGAGAAGAAGGUGGCUGAGGCCAACCAGAAAUAUUUCUCCAACAUGGCAGAGUUCCUCAAGGUCAAGAAGGAGGGAGAGGGAAAGUGAGGAGUACACAUACAAUUCAUCAUACACACCAUAUACUUCCACACAGCGGUGCUGAUAUACAGACAUACCAACUUGUACACUGCUCAAAAAAAUAAAGGGAACACUUUUAACAUUGUCUUGCAUUAGGAGGAACCCAGGGUUCAACCGCACCAGCAUAUGGUCUCACAAGGGGUCUGAGGAUCUCAUCUCGGUACCUAAUGGCAGUCAGGCUACCUCUGGCGAGCACAUGGAGGGCUGUGCGGCCCCCCAAAGAAAUGCCACCCCACACCAUGACUGACCCACCGCCAAACCGGUCAUGCUGGAGGAUGUUGCAGGCAGCAGAACGUUCUCCACGGCGUCUCCAGACUCUGUCACGUCUGUCACAUGUGCUCAGUGUGAACCUGCUUUCAUCUGUGACGAGCACAGGGCGCCAGUGGCGAAUUUGCCAAUCUUGGUGUUCUCUGGCAAAUGCCAAACGUCCUGCACGGUGUUGGGCUGUAAGCACAACCCCCACCUGUGGACGUCGGCCCUCAUACCACCCUCAUGGAGUCUGUUUCUGACCGUUUGAGCAGACACAUGCACAUUUGUGGCCUGCUGGAGGUAAUUUUGCAGGGCUCUGGCAGUGCUCCUCCUGCUCCUCCUUGCACAAAGGCGGAGGUAGCAGUCCUGCUGCUGGGUUGUUGCCCUCCUACGGCCUCCUCCACGUCUCCUGAUGUACUGGCCUGUCUCCUGGUAGCGCCUCCAUGCUCUGGACACUACGCUGACAGACACAGCAAACCUUCUUGCCACAGCUCGCAUUGAUGUGCCAUCCUGGAUGAGCUGCACUACCUGAGCCACUUGUGUGGGUUGUAGACUCCAUCUCAUGCUACCACUAGAGUGAAAGCACCGCCAGCAUUCAAAAGUGACCAAAACAUCAGCCAGGAAGCAUAGGAACUGAGAAGUGGUCUGUGGUCACCACCUGCAGAACCAUUUCUUUAUUGGGGGUGUCUUGCUAAUUGCCUAUAAUUUCCACCUGUUGUCUAUUCCAUUUGCACAACAGCAUGUGACAUUUAUUGUCAAUCAGUGUUGCUUCCUAAGUGGACAGUUUGAUUUCACAGAAGUGUGAUUGACUUGGAGUUACAUUGUGUUGUUUAAGUGUUCCCUUUAUUUUUUUGAGCAGUGUAUUUCCAAAUGAAUGCACAGAUGGGGAGUGACACACAUAAACACUGACUGAUGGAAAAGGCCUCAUUGCAUAACCAUGGGGAGAAGAUCGACCAUGACAGUGAAGAAAAAUAUAUUAUUUAGAUUGUAUAUUUGUUUUAGAGCGUGUUGUGCUUUUAAAAAAAACAUUUUGACUCCAUUUUAAUAAAAUGAAACUAAUACUG